AUGAGGCGCUUGGUGUGUAUUGCUGCAUUGUUCGGCUCUAUGGCUGUGGUAAAGGCCCGUUCGAGUCCGGGGAACAGCACCGAUAGCAGAGUUGAUGCUCUGCUUUCGAUUAUGGGAGAUCUUGGCUACAACCACAUUCUUGCUCAGAGUUGGAAAGGGAAUGACCCUUGUGAUAUGUGGUGGGGGAUAAACUGCUUGGACGGUCAAAUCAGAGCUAUCACACUCAUGUUCAUGAAUUUGACGGGAACUAUCUCGCCACGUUUUGCGGAUCUCACAUCAUUAUAUGUGAUUGAUCUUUCUCGUAACCUGCUUACGGGUACCAUCCCAUUAGAGCUCACCAAGAUGGAACUGCACAGCCUGGAUCUUUCUUACAACCGCCUACACGGGAGAGUUCCACAUUUCAAGACACUAGUUCCAAACACAAAAGGGAACCCAGCGAUUGUGAGAGAUGUUCCUUUAUGGAGUGGUCAGCAUAAACUCACUUGGAUACUUUCCGGUGGGUUUGGGUUUGCGGGUCUUUGUUGUCUGAUUGGAGCAGGGAUCUGUUUCUUUCGGUCCUGGAAGAGGAAACGAUCUGCUAGAGCUAGUCAGCCAGAGCAGAGCGAGAUGGUGCCACAGCCUCAGCAGAACGUAGCAUUGCCACCUUCUCAGCAGAACGAGAUCUUGGAGUCUGAGAACAGUGUCUUUUCACUGGAAACUCUUCGGGAAGCUACACAAGACUUUAGCAUUUCCAUCGGGAAAGGGGGAUCUGGAUUUGUAUAUCAGGGAAAGCUGAAAGAUGGAAGAGAGAUUGCGGUUAAGAAGAUGGUCGUUACUGCUGGUGGUACAGGCUGCAGUGUGUUUGACGCUGAGGUUAGAGUUUUAUCCAGAGUUCGUCACAGAAACAUUGUGAGCCUUCAUGGGUACUGCAUCCAAGGAGACGAGCGACUGUUAGUCUAUGAGUUGAUGGCACAAGGUUCGUUGAGUAAGCAUCUCGAGAAGGGCUAUGAAGCGCAAAAGUUAGAUUGGAGUCGUCGACUGAUUGUUGCAUUGGACGUGGCUAGGGGGUUAGAGUAUCUCCAUACUCUAGCCAGUGAAAGUCAAAUCUACAUCCACCGAGACGUCAAAUCGGCAAACAUUCUUUUGGGAAAAGAUCUACGAGCAAAGAUUGCAGACUUCGGGUAUGUCAGGGCUACAACAGAAGACAGAGAACCAAUAAAUACCGCAUGUGUUGGAACUCUAGGUUACAUGGCACCAGAAUACUUCGACGGGGGAAUGCUUUCGAGGAAGGCAGAUGUGUACAGCUUUGGAGUCAUUUUGUUGGAGCUAAUAACGGGUAAGAAAGCCUGCAACAAGGACGACUGCAACAUGUCCCAAGACUUCAUUGCCAUGUGGUUCGAGAAGAAGAAAGAAGACUUCUGGAACUCUAUUGAUGUGGACAUUGACACAGAGCAUGAGACACAUCAGAGUGUCAGGGAGGUAGCUGAACUAGCAGAGAUAGAAGGAACCAGGCAAGCAGCAGCGGAUCUUGAUAGAAGGAAUGUCAGCCUUCGUUACAUUCCCGUCUCUUUCAUGCAGACGAUUAAGUCCUUCACUCCAGCUACUACAGGGGAUCUGAUUGUAUAUAUGUUUGUGCAGUUGUGUGGAGGAAGUACUUCGACUGGCGUAUUUGGGCGUCUCUUGUCAACCAUUGUUGGAGGGAUUCUUCUGACUUCUGUUACAGAGCUUAGUUUUAACAUGUUUGGAUUAUGUGCUGCUCUGUCUGAGUGUUUAGCUACUAACCACCAAGACCAUUCUUGCAAAAAUCUCUUCUUCUUGACAGGAUUAAUUGAAAAUGUGAUUGAUAUAUCUCUCUUUCCGGUUAAGAGUGAAUCAGAUGAGCUUUUUGACAAGUUAAACCGAUGA